CCUCUUCAUCGUCACCGUCGUCUUCAUGUCCAGCCCACCACCUGCAGAAGUCGCACGGUUGCUAUAGACCCGGACGAUGAACUGACUAGUUGCAGAUGUAAGAAACAAAAUCAAUUCUUACGAAAUUCCUACAAGACCUGUUUAAGACAACCUAAUUGGGGACGUUGGAUUCCACGCCAACAUUGAGGAAAGCUUUAAUGGCGGACAUUUGAUGUGAAAUGUUAGUUUUUAGGUCAAAUUCGUGUUAUCCCCACUGAAGGAGGGACCUCAUACAAACCCUAGGAGAGAGAAAAUUCAGGGACAGACGCCUUCAGUUGUCACUAGCAGUGCCCUAGCUUCCAAUUUCGCGACUCUUGUGUGUACCCUGACUUGGUAAUAGAUGGAAGGUGAAGCUUAUAGAUGAUAGUGCCGGGAAUGCGUGGAUGUAACUCAGGACCCACUUUCCUUGUAAAUGCUGAGGUUGAUUCCAUGGGAGGCGUCGUUGACUGCGGAGUUGGUAAAGGUUUGAAAACUUCUCCGCGCCAAGCAGCAAUUGAGAAAGCCCGAGCUGAGCUCAGACAGGAGUAUGAUGCUCGUGAGGAAAGAAGAAGGGAGCUGGAAUUUCUUGAAAGGGGUGGAAAUCCCCUGGACUUUAAGUUUGGGAAUACUGCUUCAGUUAGUGUCCAGUCUACUUCACUCACUGAUCAACAUCAUGAGCAAUUUGUGACAAGCGAAGCAAAAGGUAGUUUUGCAUUGGCUGCCUCCCCUCAUGGUGAUUCAGUGGAUAGCAGUGCUAGACCAGUGGUUCCUUCCAUUAGUGAGCCUAAUACUGCUGAUAAUCUCUCACUUUUUGAUCGAGAGAAUGAGCUAACUGAAAGUAAAAAGAGGUCUUUACAUUCGAAUAGAAGGAAUUAUAUUGCCCCAUCAGAACAGUCUUCGAAAAUUAUGGGGAGUCGAAAUCCUAAGGAGUCAGAAGAUUCUGCUAUUUUCCGCCCGUAUGCUAGAAGGAACAGGUCCCGACCAAAUCAUGGUCCUCGUGGGGCUGCAAGAGAUGGGAAAGGGUUGACAUCUGAGACAAACAGCCAAAAAGUCCACAACUCGUCUUCUGUUUCCAAGCCAAGGCCUGCAAGUUCAAAUGGUGAUUUGGUGGUUACUAAAGAUUUAACAUCUAAUAUUCCGUUGGAACAUGAAUUGGAUCAUGUACGAACAAAUCAAACAGAUAAUGGCAGCAUUAGUGUUCUUGAAGAGAACUUGAAAGUCACCAAUAACAGAAGGGUUAAGGAAGAUAAAAGUAUUUUACUGUCUCAAGAUGAUACUGCACAAAACUUAGUUAUCAUGGCUUCAAGGGAGGCUAAUGUGAUUGAAGCUAGGGAACCAGCAGUUUCAGAUAACCAUGAACCUCCCCCUUUUGCAGAUACCACAAAAUGUCAGAAUGAAAUUUGUUCAGAUCAGCGCAAUGGCUUUGGCAACAUAAAAGCAGACAGGAAAAGUGUAUUGGGCAUGAAAAAUUUCAAUUCAGAGUUGUCCUGCACCCAGACUUGCCUAGGUAGAGAUGUAAAUAAUGAUAGUGACAUAUGUACCAAUAUAAAGAAUGUUGAUGCUAAUGGAAGUGAUAUAAAACAAGCAGCAGAAUUUGAGAAGCUAAACUCAACUCUUGAAGCUGUAAAAGAAAAUAACAAGGCUAACAAUGGUGAAAGUAAUGCUACUGUCAGCUAUAAUAAUGAUGCUGGUCGUCAAAACCAUUGUGGUGCUAUUAAUAUGGUUAAGGAUGAGGAAGAUAUGCAUAUUAGCAGUAAUGAUUCUUGUAAUAGUAAGGAUGUGCAGCAUGGUUCUAAUACCAUAUCAAAGUCUGAUAAAGGAAGUGAUGUCAUGGUGGAUCGCUGUUGCUCCAUCAAAGACAGCAGCUGUGGAAGACAUUCUGGUCCUAUGGCUGUGUCAAUUUCAGAACCCCAGACUGCUCUAGAAGAAAAGGCUAAUGCUGAUGCCUCUGACUGUGGACCAUGUUCUAGUCACUUGAAGUUGGCAGACAAGGCUAGUGAAGAUUUUAUCUUGGAAGAGGCUCGGAUCAUAGAGGCCAAGCGCAAAAGGAUUGCAGAAUUAUCAAUUCAGAAAUUGCCUGCAGAAAACCACAGAGUAUCUCACUGGGGUUUUGUCCUUGAGGAAGUGUCAUGGUUGGCAAAUGAUUUUGCGCAGGAGCGUCUUUGGAAGAUAGCUGCUGCUGCACAAUUGUGUCAUCGAGCUGCUGUGACAUCUCAAUUGAGAUAUGGUAAACAAAACAAACAUAGGGAGUCAAAAAAUUUGGCUCACAGCAUGGCAAAGGCUGUCUUGCAGUUUUGGCAUUCAGUUGCGCACCCUGUGGGCGAUGAUGAUCCUACUCAUAAAGACGGUGGUGCUUCUGUUGAAUCUGGGAAGGUUUAUUCAUAUGAAGCUUCUAGUGACAAGAGCAGAAAUUCCAACACGAUGCUGGAGACACGCAAAGACUUGAAAGGAGAAUGUCCCCGAAAGAUCGUGUCACUUAAAUUGCAAGCAUAUGCCUUGAGAUUUUUGAAGUAUAACAACUCUCUCGGAAUUUCCUCCCAACCAGCUGCAGUGAAAACAGCUGAAAGGAUACCUGACUCUAGCAAUGUGGAUAGGUCAUGGGAGGAGCUUCUUACUGAAGAAAAUCUUUUCUAUACAGUUCCUCCUAUGGCAAUUGAAGCAUAUAGAAAAUCUGUUGAAUCUCAUUUUCUACAGCUCGAGAGAACAGGGGGUGGCAUUCAAGAAGUUGAGAUGUCUUUUUAUGAUACUGCAGGAGAUGCUGGUUCUGAAGAGAUUGCAUAUGAUGAGGAUGAAGGAGAGACCAGCACUUAUUACUUGCAUGCCCAGAAGAAACAUAGAAAUAUGAAGUCUUGUGCUCCAGGUUCCUGCAGUCAAUAUAAUGUUGGAACGCAGCCAUCCGUGAUAUUUGGAAGAAGGCCUGCUAGUUUAAACGUUGGGUCAGUUCCAACAAAACGAAAACGCAAGCGUAUGGCUUCCAGGAAGAGAGUUGUAAGUCCUUUCAUGGUCACUAGGACAAUCCAGGUUCAAACUAAGACAGAUGCUUCUAGUGGAGACACCAGUUCCUUUCAGGAUGACCAGAGUACUUUACAUGGUGGAUCACAGUUCCUGAAAAGUUUGGAGGUGGAAUCAGUUGGAGACUUAGAGAAGCAGUUACCUUCUGAUUGUGUAGAAACAUCUUUCAAAUCAAAGAAGGCAAAGAAUCUGGUUUCUGCAUAUGAUCAGAGAUGGCUGGUGGAUUCUGUUGUUCUAAAUGAACAGAGGGGUCUUUUCAAGAGGAGAUUGGAUGAUCAUCAUUUUGAAUCUAACGGAAGCAGUGGUUUGUAUCGACAACAUAAUGCAAAGAAGCCAAAGAUAACUAAGCAAUCAUUUGAUAACACUUUUGACAACAUUAGUCCAAUGACUAAUUCUAUUCCCUCCCCAGCUGCAUCACAAAUGAGUAACAUGUCCAAUCUCAGCAAGUCCAUUAAAAUCAUUAGGGGCCGGAAAGCUAAAACUUUGAAGAUGUCUGCUGGACAGUCAGAUCCUGGAGGUCCUUGGUCGUUAUUUGAAGACCAGGCACUUGUUGUCUUAGUACAUGAUAUGGGUCCAAACUGGGAGCUUAUAAGUGAUGCUAUCAACAGUAUACUCCAGUUGAAGUACAUCUUUCGAAAGCCAAGAGAGUGCAAGGAGCGUCAUAAGAUCUUGAUGGAUAAAAGUGCUGGGGAUGGUGCAGAUAGUGCUGAAGAUUCAGGGUCUUCUCAGUCUUAUCCAUCCACACUACCGGGAAUUCCAAAGGGCAGUGCCAGACAGUUGUUUCAGCGUUUGCAAGGGCCCAUGGAGGAGGAAACCAUUAAGUCUCAUUUUGAGAAAAUUAUUAAGAUUGGGCAAAAAUACCGUCACCACUGGAAUCAGAAUGAUAAUCAAGAUGCAAAACAAAUAAUGACUGUCGAUAACUCCCAUGUCAUUGCUCUUUCCAAAGUCAGCCCAAACAACCGGAAUGGAGGUCUUUUAACGCCGCUUGAUCUCUGUGAUAUAGCAGACUCCCUUCCCCUUGGGUAUCAGGGUUCUCAUGCUGGUGGUUUUUUAUCAAAUCAAGGUUCUGUGCCAUCAGUACUUCCUACGUCUGGGGUGAAUCCUUCACUUCCAGCAUCUUCUGGUAUGGUUCUUGGUAACAGCUUGUCUUCACCAUCUGGGUCGGCUGCUGCUUCUGCCAGAUAUGGGGUUCCAAGAACUUCACCUUUGUCAGUUGAGGAGCAGCAAAGAAUUCAACAAUAUAAUCAAAUGUUAUCUAGAAGAAAUGUUCAGCAGUCGAGCAUGUCUGUUCCUGGAUCUCUUUCGGGAAGUGAAUGUGGUGUUCGCAUGCUUUCUGGUGGAAAUAGUGUGGGCAUGAUUGGUGGGAUGAACAGAAGUAUGGCACUGUCAAGGCCAGGGUUUCAAGGAAUGGCAUCAUCAUCUAUGGUGAGUUCUGGGAGCAUGCUUGCCUCUAAUAUGACGGGGAUGCCAAGUCCUGGAAACAUGCACUCUGGAGUUGGUUCUGGACAAGGCAGCUCAAUGCUGAGAUCUCAUGAGGCAUUACAUAUGAUAAGGCCUGGCCAUAAUCCAGAACAUCAAAGGCAAAUGGUGAUUCCAGAGAUUCAGAUGCAGGUCACUCAAGGGAAUAGCCAAGGUAUUUCAGCUUUCAGUGGGUUGAGUUCUUCCUUUAGUAAUCAGACUAUUCCACCGCCUGCUCAGCCAUACCCUGGGCAAGCUCAGCAGCCACAUCAGCUGUCCCAACAACAGUCACAUCUCAGCAGUCCUCAUUCUAAUCUUCAAGGUCCAAACCAUGCUGCUACUAAUUCACAGCAGCAAGCCUAUAUGAUGCGGGUGGCAAAGGAAAGACAGUUAAAGAAGCAGCGAUAUCUUCAGCAGCAACAGCAACAGCUUGCUGCAGCAAGUGCAUUGAUGCCACAUGCUCAGGCACAAUCUCAACCUUCGAUGUCAUCAUCUCUGCAAAAUAAUAGUCUGGCCCAAUCUCAAAAUUCAUCUCAGCAAGCAACUCAUUUCCCUGUAACACCUUCACACCCUUUGACUCCCUUGUCAUCUCACCAACAGCAGAAGCAUCACCUGGCACAAGGGUUCACCAGGAAUCCUGGUGCUAGUGGGUUGAACAAUCAAGCAGUGAACCAAAGGCAGCGACAGCCUCAGCAGCAGCUGCAACAGCAUCAACAAUCAGGUAGGCAGCAUCCUAAUCAACGGCAGCAUCCACUGUCUCAUCAGCAGGCUAAACUUGUGAAGGGAAUGGGAAGAGGAAGCAUCUCAGUCCAACAGAAUAUCCCUAUAGAUUCUUCUCAUCUCCAUACAUUAUCAGUACCUCCAGCAAGUCAAACUGCUGACAAAGGGGAUAAAAUUUCACACAUGAUGCGAGAUCAAAACUUACAUCCUGCUUCUAAUUUAAAUCCUACUCAACCAUCAAAGCCGUUGGGUCCUGCUCAUCCUUCAAAUCAUUCCCAGUUGCAACACAACUUAAAUUCGGGGCCAAUAACCACCUCAUCAAAACAACUUCAGUCAGUGGUAUCACCUUCUGAUAAUAGUACUCAGGGACAGGCUCCAACAGUUCCAUCAGGUCAUGUAUUGUCACCUCCUCAGACAGCAGUUUCAUCAGCUGUUAUUUCUUCCAACAAUCCCCAGCCACAGCAACAAUCUCAGCUACAAUCUAAGAAAAUGAAUCAAACUCAGUCAAAUGUUCACAGAAUGUUGCAACAGAACUUUCGGGUGCGUUCUGAGUCAUCAAGCGAGCCUCAAUCUGACUUAACUCAAGCUGAUCAUCCCCCUGAAAAUAAUGCUUCUCAGAUUAGUACAGGCACUGCUGUGACUCAUGAUUGUAUUGAUUCCUCUGCUCAGUGGAGAACAGAACCACCAUUUGAUUCCCAUGUUCCAACUCCUGCCAAUCGAGUGGGCUCCUUCGAGAAAGUACCUGUUAGAAAUUCAGCUGGGAAUGAGCCACAACCUACUAUUAAUCAAGGGCAAGGCCCUAGACAGUUGUCAUUUGUCAUGCCUCAUGUACAUAAUUCAGCUGCACAGUGGCAGCAACGGCCACUGCCUAUUCAACAAUCUUCAUCGCAACCUAUUCCAUCCCAACAGGUACAUCAGCCCCACGAACAGCAUCAACAGGGCCAAGAUCAACAUUCACAUAAACAUGUGACUUUGCAACGUCAGCCUCAGUAAUAAUUGCAGCAUCCGCAGCCAGGGCAGAGCAAGUUUUGUUUUGUCUGUCCUGAAUUCAAAGGGGAAUGAUACAACCAAAUGGAUAGAGCAGCUACCCUGAGAGCGGUGGCCUUUGUCAGGAUUGGAAUUUUUUAUGCCCUUUUGGCAGCAAUUUACAGAGACCUGAUACGAGACAUUAGACUACAAUAAUUAGAGACAUGUACAGCACCAUAUGCAACGGGCUUACAAUCAACAAAUGCUGGUGUAGAUAAAGGUUUAUCCUCAAUGGUCAUAUCCGUAACUAGAAUAUGACCACUUUGUCCACAUGGCGACGAUGGUGGCUAUUGUUAUUAAAUUUGUUGCAUCAUUGAGGUCUUAUUUUGAUGAGAAUCUGCAGCUUUACUCCAGUUAGACCUAUGAAGCUGGUGAAUAUGGAAACAGAUGCAUUGGUUUCUGCUGGUCCUGUUAAAAAAUUAAUUGGCUGGCACUAUUGGUUAUUUUUAUUUGUGUCAUCCAGAUCUUGCACAUUAUCACUUUUUAAACCCCCCCUUUUUUUUUCUGGAAGGGACACGAAUACAGAGGUGUGUACAGGGUCGUCUCUCUUGGCCAUUCUGUAGAGAAACACAAUUCCCCUUUUUUGGUAGAUUAGUGGGUGUUUAUUGUCACCCUCUUAGUUAAUUGGGAUAGCAAUCAUUUUUGUUGGCAAAAGCCAAUUCAAAUAUUUGUAAAUACAAGUUUUUGCACGAGGCAAUGGAUUUUUUUUUUUUAAAACCUUUUUUCUGUUUCUUGUACUGCCUGUGCACUUGCGGAAGUAGUGAAUCUCGUGACUAUUUUCUGUUCCUGAAAUUCAGCAAGUUGAACCAUCCCAUUUAUCGGUUUGUAUUACGCAACAGUAUAUGAAUUUAUGGUACAGAAUGCUUUGAUU